GCGGCGGCACGGCGCAGCCGUAGUGGGGGAGCGCUGGAUCCCGGCACGAUGUGGGUGAUCGGUGUGGCUGCCGCUCUGCUUGUCUGCAGCGGCGCGCUGCCCGUUCCCGGUGCUCCGCAGCGACAAAAGCGGGACUGGCUGCAAAAGCUGAACUCGCCAAGGGACGAGAGGAAUUUGACUAGUGAUCUGUUCCUGUCAAACGCUCCUGUGUUCCGGCACCCUCUCCGCUGCGGUGUCCCCGACCCACCCCCGGUGAAGCCUGGCCGUCGCUGGCGCGGCGAUGCCGCACGGAAGCGACGUUUUGUCGUUUCAGGAGGAAGAUGGCAGAAAACCGAUCUGACCUACAAAAUUGUACGGUUUCCUUGGCAACUGAGUCAAGUGAAAGUAAGGCAUACAAUUGCUGAAGCAGUGAGAGUGUGGAGUGAUGUGACCCCGUUGACAUUCACGGAGGUGCAGGAUGCAAGUGCUGAUAUAAUCAUCGACUUUACCAGGUACUGGCAUGGAGACAAUCUGCCAUUUGAUGGUCCAGGUGGGGUGCUGGCUCAUGCUUUCUACCCUCAAACUCCUCAGCAGGGAGACAUUCACUUUGACUAUGAGGAGCUGUGGACCACGGACAAUGAGAGGGGUAUUGAUCUCCUACACGUGGCAGCUCAUGAGUUUGGCCACGUCCUCGGCCUGCAACACUCACGAGUCCCAAAGUCUCUGAUGGCACCUUUCUACACUUUCCGUUACCCACUCCGCCUGGCAGAGGACGACAGGCAAGGGAUACAGUACCUGUACGGCCAGUCUCGCCACCAAGGAGUCAGCUUCUCCAACCAGGACACAGAAGUGAAUGAGCUGCCCAGCCAUGGCUCUCCAAGAAAAGAGCCAGAUGCCUGUGAGACAGACUUCGACGCAGUCUCAAUGAUCCGCGGGGAGCUCUUCUUUUUUAAAUCCAAGUAUGUGUGGAGGUUGAGGAACAGACAGCUUCAGCCUGGUUACCCAGCCCUGGCCUCACAGCACUGGUGGGACUUCCCGGACCACAUUGAUGCCGGCUUUGAGGACACCGGUGGCAACUUCUGGAUUUUUCAAGGUUCCAGCUACUGGAUCUAUGACGGAGAACAGAGAGUAUUGGGACCCAAGCUGAUCUCUGACCUGGGCCUUCCUGUGGCAGAGGUGCAUGCUGCUUUGAUGUGGGGUCUGGAGCAGAAUAAGAUAUACCUCUUUAAAGGAAACGAUUACUGGCAGUUCAUUGUCAACAAAAACACGGUGGAAAGUGUUUACCCGCGCAGCAGCAGUGAGUGGCAAGGACUCCCUCCCAGCGUCGAUGGAGCUUUCCAGGAUGAGUACGGUUACGCUUACUUUCUCCGUGGAAGGGAUUACUGGAAAUUCGACCCAGUUCAGGUGAAGAUACAAGAACGUCAUCCAAGGCGGAUUGGCCAAGACUUUUUCGGAUGCUCUUCCUCACCAACGUAGUCAUACCGGUGAAGCUCUGCUUUAAAACUUCCAGAUCUGCUCUUGGUGAUUGUUCUGAUUCCGACUAUGAAUUUCCUGUUUAACCCUUCACUUUGGAUAUUUCCAUUCCCACUUACUUUUUUGGUUUCUUUUUUUGUGGACUGUAAUCCAGAGUUCGAUGGAACAUCGUGAUAGGAACUGGAAGGAGGAUACUGCACAACUGUGUGUGGGAAUGACAGCACCACCUCUCCUCCAUUCACCCAGUAUUCUGGGAGAUUUCAUCUGGCCACCAGCAGGGAGCAGCUAUACUGCUAACCACAACCCCCAGUGGCAGCACAUUGCAUGUCACGUGUGCACCGGGAAGGGUCUUCAGUCCAUGUAGCCUGGGCUCUCCACCAGGCUCCCAUUUUAUUCUCCCCGAGUCCAAUUAACCACCGCUUAAUUCUACCACUUACAUGCGCAGUGAUGGCAGUUUAUAAAAGUGAAUAAACCGCACAACCUACAUAAUUUUGGAGAAAGAAGAGACACUUGCAAAUGCUGGGAAACUGGAUCAACACACACACACACAAUGCUGGAGGAACUCAGUCCUAAUGAAACCUGAAACAGACAGUUCAUCUCCCUCCACAGAUGCUGCCUGACCUGCUGAGUUUCUCCUGCACUUUGUGUUCUGGGAUGUGGGAUGAAACUAGAAUUCCUGGAGGAAGCCCACAGAGCUGCAGGCAGAACUUGCAAGGUCUGUACUGACCUUUGAUCCUGAUCAUGCUUUGAGGUAGAAACCACUAACAGGGCAUCGUUUGGUUCUAGAUUAAUACAGGUGGAGGAGAUCUACUGCUUGAGAGGAAUCCAUCGUGGUCGUACUGACACGGACAGGAAUGAUGAGAGGAAUGGGCAUAUUGGUGACUUCAUUGUGCUGGCCAGGUGUUCUGAUUCAAAAGGCGUUAAUUCAAAGUGUGGUUGGUCCUGGCAGGUCCUGCCCACAGCACUUGCUUACAAAUCCUCCAGAAACUUGAUUACUCUUCAGAACCUUAAUGACCAAUGGUCUUGUAUGAGAGCCUCUCACUCUCUGUGGUUUCUCCCCAUGUGUCUAGCGAGCUACAGAAUUAGUUAAGGACCUGAUUCAAUAAAAAAUAGCCGAGUUUGAACAGGGAAGCAGGAGCCAGCAUUGAGAAACCUCUGUCUUCCUUCACAGAACAGUGACGCAAGGUUAAAGGCGUCACGAUCGAAAAAUAUAAGGUCAUUGAUCCCACAUUACUCUGAGAUCAGGCUACCGAUGCAACAUAGAUAUCCGCGUAUCAGAGGAGCACGAGGUUAAUGGGACCACACAUUGGAAGAUUAGAUUCAAAGUUUAAAGACAAAACAGAAAUGGAAGCAGUAAAUGGGGAAACAUUGAACAGUUUAGUACAGGAACAUUAUGCCGAAUGCAACUACUCUCAUCUGCCUGAACAUCGUGGUGAUUAUAAAUGACCUGGACGAAAAUAUGGAUGCUUGGGUUAGUAAAUCCACAGCAGAUACAAUGAUUGGUGGUGGUGUGGAUAGUACAUUCUGUUGCCAAAAGAUUUAGAUCAGCUGCAGAUAUGGGCGGAGAACUGGUAAACGGAGUUUAACCUAGCCAAGUAUGAUCUGUUGCACUUUAGAGUAUCACAGGCAAUGGCACAAUACACUCUUACCAGCAGAACCCUUAACAGUGUUGAUGUACAGAUUUUCAAGUCCAAGGGCAUGCUUGCCUUUAUUAGUUGAGGCACUGAGUUCAAGAGUCAGGAGGUUAGGAUGAAGCUUCAUGAGACUGUAGCUGGGCCACAUCUGUAGUAUUGCUUACAAUUCUGGCCGCCCAUUCUAGGAAGGGUGUUGAGUCUUUGGGGAGGGUGCAGAAGUGGUUCGCCUGGAUUAGAGGGCAUCUGCUAUGAGCUGAGGGUGGAUCAGUAGAGGAGCAGCAGAGGCCUGAUCGAGGUUUAUAAGAUUAUGAGAGGCAUCGAGAAAGAGCUGGCAUUUUUUUACCAAGAGUCAAAUUGUCGAAUACUUGAGGGCGUGUUUUAAGGUGAGAGGUGCUAAGUUUAAGGGAUACGGACAUGUGCAGGAAGUGGUGGAUCGAACUCCGGAAUGCCCUGAGCUGUAAUAGCUUCACAUUAACGCUAUGACACCCAUACUCUCUCUCUCUUCAAUCAGAGAGCAUUGCAGCACAGAAACAGGACCCAUCCAGUCCGUUCCAAACGGUUAUUUUGUCUAAUUCCGAUGACCUACACUGGAAGAUAGUUCUCCGUGCUGCUCCCGUGCAUAUACUUUGUCCAGUUUCUCUUUAAAUGUUGCAGAUUCUGCACCCACACUCACACCAAUGAAGAGGCUCCCUCUCGGCUUUUUCUUCACCUUUUCUGCUUCCAGUCUCCCCCAACUUGUGGAAAAAGCCGACUUGCAUUUACCCUAUCUAUACCCCUCAUAACUUUGUAUACCCCUAUUAAAUAUUCCCUCAUUCUCCUACAUUCCAGGGAUAAAAUCCUAACUUAAUCAACCUUUCCCUAUAACUCAGGUAGUUAAUUUUCAUUGAAGUUUUUACUGUAGGUAGGUGACCAGAACUGCACACAAUAAUACACAUUUGGUCUCAUACAGUCUCAACUUCCCAACUCCUGUACUCAGUAUUCUGAUUUAUGAAAGCCGAUCCUUCAAUUAAAUAAUUUGAA